AUGAAUAACCAGCCAAAAAUCGAAUUACUCCAAGCCGAGGUUGACGAGAACGACCAAAGCUUUUUCCGUCUUCUGGUCGACAGUCGAUCUAUUAAAUACAUCACCGUGGAACCCGGCAUUUACAGUGCCGAAGAUAUGUGUUUUGGCCCUUCCCUAGUCUCCCUCUUGCCAAAAUUUCCGACUGGAGACUGGAACGAUGGACUAGUGGCUAAGGACGCAAAGGACGGUCGACCGCAUUUUCCGUGCGUAAACCUGACCCGAUUCCCUGGUGUUCAGAACACCUGGCAUAGUACCUACGUCGACUACUUGGAGCUUUCGAUCGAACGAAAGUUACGAACGGGCAUUUAUGAAGCCAAAUGUUCAUUGUUCGAUGAUAUUGUCGUCGCUAAAUUCGCCCGUUUUCCCUGGGAGGUCCAAUACAUUGAGAACGAAACCACUGCAUACCAAUGGAUAUCCGGCCAUAAUAUUGGGCCUCAAUUCCUUGGUCACUUAACUGAGAACGGUCGGGUGAUUGGGUUCAUAAUGGAACGCAUCACCGAUGCACGGCACGCUGGCACUCAGGACUGUGAGACCUGCGGAGAGGUAUUGUCACGACUACAUAAUUUAGGAGUCCGACAUGGAGAUACAAAUCGAUUUAAUUUCCUCGUCCGUGAUUCGAAGGCUACUUUGAUCGAUUUCGACACAGCUCAGAAAUGUGACGAUCGAGACUUGCUUCUGCAGGAGUCUGAAAAUUUAGUCGCAUGCCUCAAAGAUCUGUCGGGCAGAGGAGGUGGAGGUCUCCUUUAA